AAGAAAACAUAUGAUUUUGACAGCUAUUUUUUGAGAAUUUUUGUGACGCAUCAAAACAAAAAUAAUCCCAAAAUUUCCUCUCAAAAUCAAAUUACUAGUGAUUAGGUACAUUUAAUAAGCAAGGAUUAUUGCAAAGUGUGAUUAUAUCGAACUGAAAAUCAAAUCGUAUUAAAUUUAUACCGCAAUAAAAUUCUGGAUGUAGUGGCAACUUGCCUAAACAGGGCAUAGUCCUUAAAAAGUGAUUUCUGAGUGUCUACAGCUUUAUAAAACGGUCCAAAAUGGCUUUUCCGUGGAUGAAUCUUCUUCUUUUCCUAUCGUGUGUUUCCAGAAUAUUUACUAACGAUAGUGACAUCACACGAUCAGUUUUUGGAGGGUUUACCGAUGGAAUGCCAGCAGCUUUUGGUGAUUUUAACUCAGAUGAACUCACUGACGUAUUUGUUCUGUUAGAUAAUGGCACAUCAUUUGAAAUUUUACUGGCGCACGAAGAAGAGAUUUUACUAAGGCCAGCCAAUCCUCGUUUGAAAUGUGGGUUUAAGCAUUCUCUAAUAACGAGUAUAGUACCUGGUGAUUUUGAUGGUGAUGCUUUUAUGGAUGUAAUGGUCACAACCAUCUCCACUAAAGAGGACUCAGAUCGUUCUCUAACUCAUGUUCAUAUAAUAUGGGGAGGGUCAAGCCCGUUAAACUGCAGUAACAUACAUCCUCCAGUAAUAAGCAUGAUCGGGGAGCCACUGGCAAUAGAUUACAAUCAGGAUAUGAUUAUAGAUUUGUUUGGACAGGUCAGGGAAAAUGACCGAAUGGUAAGAAUGUUUUGGAUUUUUAACCAAAAUAGAACAGCUCCUAAAGCAAUUCCGAUGGAGGACAAUAAUAGCAGGGAGGAGUUAAGAAGACCACAUGCUCAUGCAUUUUUGGAUUUAAACCAUGAUCUUAUGGCAGAUCUAUUUAUUACCACACCCAACCAUUUUGAAGUGUGGCUUGGCAAAGAGAGUGGGCACGGCUAUAUUUAUAACAACACAAUCUUGCAUCCAAAUAAAGCACAGGUUAUCGGCCAAUCCCUCUUUAUUGAUGUAGAAUUGAGAGGUUCUAUGGACUUGGUGACUCCAGUGUGUUUUGACAAGAAUUGUAACAAUUGUGCUUUGAUGGUGUUUUCUGAAGGGGAAUGGAUCAAUCUUCAAGUUAAUUUCAAAGAUGAUUCGGGAAAUAAUUGGAAAUUUCAUCUAAAACCAGGAAGUAGAUAUACUGAUACAAUUACUUUAAGAAGUGGAGAUUUUAACAUGGACGGAUACCCAGAUAUUUUAGCUACUUUAUCUCAAGAUGGCGAACAUCCUCAGGCAUUUUUACUGGAAAAUGUCGCUUGUCAAACAGGUUGUGACAAGUUUAAAAGAUCAUAUGCCAUCAAAUGGAAUGCACUAAAUCCUUUUCGUAAUGGCACAGCGAUGGCAGCCUUUUUCGAUUUUUACCAAGAUGGUAUCCUAGAUUGUGUUCUGGUCACGUAUAGCGAAGGCAAAUAUCAGACUGCCGCGUUCAAAAAUAGUUUGGAUUAUGACGCAAAUUUCAUUAAAGUUAUGGUUAUUACCGGAUUAACCAAUAAGAAUAAUCAAAUGAUAAUGGGUCGCGUAGGAAAGAAAAGAAGGACCUAUGGAACUAACUUACCAGGACCUUCAGUAUCUUAUAAAACGACCACCCAGGAUGGGAAUUUGAGACACGGAUUAUCAUCUCAGCUACCUCAAUCGGCACAUUUCAGUUUAAACCUACCUUAUACUAUUUUUGGUUUGGGAAGAACGCCAAAUUUUGUUGAUUCAGUCACCGUAGGACUGUCCCAUAACUAUAAAAAUUGGACUCAAAUUAUUCCAAAUUCUCAAAUGGUUGUAAUACCAUGGCCAGUCAAUGAGCCUGGAAGAUGGAAGGCUCAGCUAUUUGUUACGCCCAGUAAACUCAUUCUUAUGUCAGUUGCUGCUUUGACAGCGGUGUGUGGUAUGAUCACUGUGAUAAUUGGAGUGUUGCAUUGGAAAGAAAGACAGGAAGACAAGAAAGAAAGGUUGUCAGAAAGUCAUAGGUUUCAUUUUGAUGCGAUGUAACUGGAUAUUUUCAGCGUCAUUGUAAUUGUGAUUAUCUGCUAGUUUUCUUUUUUAUUUAUAAUGUAUAUUAUUGUACUAAAUUAACCUUUUUUAUUUAAGAUUUUAAUUUAAACCUUGUAUAAAUAAUUUAUUUAGGUAUUUUAUGUAAUUAGGUGCAUACAAAGUUACACAAUAAAAUAAUGUUGUUUAUU